UGUUCUCGCACAGCGAACCAAAUUCUUUAGCGCUUUUUCCAACUUCUCUUUCUAAUAAUUCAAAACACUCCUUGUUUCUGUUCUGGGUAGAUUGCGACUAAUUAUUUUGCUUUAUGGCAUCAAAGAUUGAAGGCAAAGCUAUUGGCAUUGAUCUCGGCACGACUUACAGCUGCGUCGGAAUAUGGCAGAACGACCGUGUUGAGAUUAUUGCCAAUGAUCAGGGCAACAGAACUACUCCUUCUUACGUGGCCUUCACUGACACUGAACGUUUGAUCGGAGAUGCAGCGAAAAACCAGGCUGCAAUGAACCCUCAGAACACUGUUUUUGAUGCUAAACGUUUGAUUGGCAGACGGUUCUCUGACCCGAAUGUUCAGAGCGAUAUGAGGCAUUGGCCUUUUAAGGUUGUGGCGGGUCCGGGAGAUAAGCCUAUGAUUGUGGUUUCGUAUAAAGGAGAGGAGAAACAGUUCGCCGCCGAAGAGAUUUCUUCAAUGGUGUUGACGAAGAUGAGGGAGAUUGCUGAGGCUUAUCUGGGUCAGAACGUGAAGAACGCUGUGAUUACUGUUCCGGCUUAUUUUAAUGACUCGCAAAGACAAGCUACAAAGGAUGCCGGAGCUAUAGCAGGGCUGAAUGUUAUGAGAAUUAUCAAUGAGCCGACUGCUGCUGCCAUUGCUUAUGGUUUGGACAAGAAGGCGUCAAGGUCGGGUGAGAAGAAUGUGCUUAUUUUUGAUCUUGGUGGAGGGACUUUUGAUGUUUCGUUGUUGACAAUUGAGGAGGGGAUCUUUGAAGUGAAGGCGACUGCUGGAGAUACUCAUCUCGGAGGUGAAGAUUUUGAUAACAGGCUUGUCAAUCAUUUUGUUGCGGAGUUUAAGAGGAAGCACAAAAAAGAUAUCAGUGGCAAUGCCAGAGCAUUGAGGCGUUUGAGGACGGCGUGUGAGAGGGCGAAGAGGACUUUAUCUUCCACCACGCAGACGACGAUAGAGAUUGAUUCGCUCUAUGAAGGUAUUGAUUUCUAUUCUACUAUUACUAGAGCAAGAUUUGAAGAAUUGAACAUGGAUUUGUUCAGAAAGUGUAUGGAGCCUGUGGAGAAAUGUCUUCGGGACUCCAAGAUUGACAAGAGUCAGGUUCAUGAUAUUGUUCUUGUUGGUGGGUCAACAAGAAUUCCCAAAGUUCAGCAACUAUUGCAAGAUUUCUUCAAUGGCAAGGAACUCUGCAAGAGCAUAAACCCGGAUGAGGCGGUCGCGUAUGGAGCUGCUGUUCAGGCUGCUAUUUUGAGCGGUGAAGGGAAUGAUAAGGUUCAAGAUUUGCUACUUCUUGAUGUCACACCUCUCAGCCUUGGAAUUGAAACUGCUGGUGGUGUAAUGACAGUUUUGAUUCCGAGAAACACGACGAUUCCCACCAAGAAGGAGCAAAUCUUUUCAACUUAUUCUGAUAAUCAGCCUGGAGUUUUAAUUCAAGUUUAUGAAGGUGAAAGGGCUAGAACAAAAGACAACAAUCUGCUUGGAAAAUUCGAGCUCACGGGGAUUCCGCCAGCUCCCAGAGGUGUUCCACAGAUCAAUGUGUGCUUUGACAUUGAUGCAAAUGGGAUAUUGAAUGUGUCAGCUGAAGAUAAAACUGCAGGAGUGAAGAACAAGAUUACAAUUACAAAUGAUAAGGGAAGAUUGAGCAAGGAGGAGAUUGAAAGAAUGGUUCAAGAGGCGGAGAAGUACAAAGCGGAGGAUGAGGAAGUCAAGAAGAAAGUUGAUGCGAAGAACGCUCUGGAGAAUUACGCUUAUAACAUGAGGAACACUGUAAAAGAUGAGAAGUUUGCCGGAAAACUUGAUCCUGCAGACAAGAGGAAGAUCGAGAAGGCGAUCGAUGAGGCCAUUGAAUGGCUUGACAGGAACCAAUUGGCUGAAGUUGAAGAACUUGAAGACAAGUUGAAAGAAUUGGAGGGCUUGUGCAACCCAAUAAUUGCCAAAAUGUAUCAAGGAGCUGGCGGGGAUGUUCCUAUGGGCGGUGGUGCAGAGAUGCCGAACGGAUAUGGCAAGGCCAGUUCUGGUGGUGCCGGUGCUGGGCCUAAGAUUGAGGAAGUCGAUUGAAGCACCAAAGGGGUGUCAUAUAGAGAUGUUCUGUUUUGGGGCUCU